UGAAAAAACUCCAAAUAACGUAAGUAUUGAGAAGUGAGAAGCAGUCUUGCGCGCCGUUUCAAGUUGUUUCAAGUUUUCGAAACGAAACGAUGGAGAUUGGUUAGAUACGGGGGAGUGAUUGGAAAAUGAUGAACAGAUUAUCAUUAUGAUGAAUAAUUUUGAGGACUCUGUUAUGGAAAGAGAAUUAUCUGACAAAACAAAAAUAGGCAAGUUAAAGAGACGUUCGGUUUCCUCUUCCAAUAAUGAUUCUGAGAAGAACCAAAAGAGACGAAAUAUAUGCAGUAAGGACAAAAGGAAGAGGUCAAAGCAUAGAAGUAGUUCCAAUAGUUCUGGUUCUUCUAAUAUAUCAGAUACAGAGAGGGAUAAAAUAAAGAAGAGCAAAGAUGAGGAUAUAAAAUAUAAAGCUAAAAAAUAUGAAAAUAAUAUAGAGUUUCAAAGAAGAAGUGGAAAAUAUAGUAACGAUCAUAGAUUUUAUCGGAGGCAGAGUAACUAUCUGAAUAAUCAAAGAGAUUAUGGUUAUUCACGACCUUACAGGCAUCACAAUUUCUAUAAUAGAAAUAGAAGAGAUGCGGGUAACAAUUAUUAUGGUAGAUAUAAUAGUGGUAGAUAUGAAAGAACAUUUAAUCACGGCAGAAGGAUGCAUGAUUAUUAUAGAAAUACUGGUAGAAAUACGACUAGUCAAUUCUCAAGAGAGAGUAGUUCAAAAGAGCAUACAAAACAAGAAAGAUCUAUCUCAAAGGUCUAUCAGUUAGAAAAACCUGAUUCAAUACAAGAUGAUAUGGAAAUGCUUGAGCAAGUAAAACAGAAAGAGAAAAAAAAUGAAGAGAUACAAAAUAAGAAUCAGCCAAGUCGCAAAAAAUUAAAAAGGAAGAUUUCAUCCACUUCUAGUUCUUCUAGCGUCAGUAGCAGCAGUAGCGACAGUAGCAGCAGUAGUUAUAGUAAUAGCAGCAGCAAUAGCAGUAGUAGUGAUACCGACAGUAGUAGCAGUAACAGUAGUAUUGAUAGCUCAGAGGAUGAGAAGAAGCAAAAAACCUAAAAGAAGGCCAAGAAAUUGAAGAGCUAUAAAAAACGGAAGAAGAAGAAACGGAUGAAAAAGAAAUUGAAGAAGAAGUUAAAAAAGUCUGCAUCCAAAAGAAAGGGACGCAGCAAGAAGAAGAAAUCUAAAGAACAUAAGGAAGUUCAAGACGAUAAGGAGAAAACGAAAGAAAUUGUAUUUGGUAUGACGGAAAGAGCGAAGGCCAUGGCACCUAUGACAAAAGAGGAAUGGGAAAAAAGACAGAAUAUCGUGCGCAGAGUUUAUGAUCAAGAGUCUGGGAGACAUAGAUUAAUCAAAGGUGACGGGGAAAUUUUGGAAGAGAUAGUGAGCCGAGAGCGUCAUAAGGAAAUUAACAGACAAGCGACCAAAGGAGAUGGUGAAUACUUCCAAAACACACUUGAAGAUGAACACUUUAUGAGAUAUAUUUUUGUGUAAUAAACGCAUAAUUAGCUUCUCU